AAUCAUCUGAAACGGUUGAAAAACGUUCAAAAACUUCGACUCGCCGCUUGUCGUUGCAAUUGAAAUCAAUUGAGUGCAAUUUGCGAGUGCAAAGUUUUCUGGUGCAAAAUGUUUGCCUAAGACAGUUUCGUUCCAUUCAUUUGUCGCGUGUGUUUGCGCGUAAUCAAAACUAAAAGCAAAACAAAACAAAACAAGACAGAAAACGGAAAACGGAGUCAGUUCCAUCAACUCUAAUCGAAAAGAUAAACAAAGCUCACUCACACACACACACGCGCCAUGGCUGACGAGAGCCUACACACAAUGCCGCUGGAGCACAAUAUAGACUAUCAUAUAGUCACAUUGUUUGAGCGCUUGGAGGCGAUGCGCAAAGAUUCGCACGGCAACACCAUCAACAAUCGGCUCUCGAGCACCCUGCAGGUGCCCAAGCGGAGCAUGCAGGCCGAGAUACGCACCCUGGAGUUCUGGAGAUCCAUCAUCAGCGAGUGCCUCGCCUCGUUCCUCUACGUGUUCAUCGUAUGCGGCGCUGCGGCGGGCGCCGGUGUGGGUGCCAGUGUUUCAUCCGUGCUCCUGGCCACGGCGCUCGCCUCCGGCUUGGCGAUGGCAACAUUAACACAGUGCUUUUUGCAUAUAUCGGGCGCUCACAUCAAUCCCGCCGUAACUUUGGCCUGCUGCGUUAUCCGCAGCAUCUCCCCCAUACGUGCCGCGAUGUACAUGACCGCCCAAUGCGGCGGAGGCAUUGCGGGUGCCGCUCUGCUCUAUGGUGUCACCGUGCCGGGGUAUCAGGGCAAUCUGCAGGCGGCAAUCUCUCACAGCGCCGCAUUGGCCGCCUGGGAACGUUUCGGUGUUGAGUUCAUACUCACCUUUGUCGUGGUGCUCUGCUAUUUCGUCUCCACGGAUGCCAUUAAGAAGUUCAUGGGCAAUUCGGCGUUUGCCAUCGGUGCGGCAUACAGCGCCUGUUGCUUUGUGUCGAUGCCCUAUCUGAAUCCGGCGCGCUCCUUGGGUCCGUCGUUUGUGCUGAACAAAUGGGACAACCAUUGGGUGUAUUGGUUUGGUCCGCUCGUCGGCGGCAUGGCGUCCGGCCUGGUGUAUGAGCAUAUAUUCAGCUCGCGUCGCAGCGUGCGUCAUGCCAAGGGCAGCAUUGACAACGACUCCAGCUCCAUACACUCCGAGGAUGAGCUAAACUACGACAUGGACAUGGAGAAGCCCAACAAGUAUCAGCAGUCGCAGGGCACCUAUCCACGCGGCCAGACGAAUGGGGCGGGUGCCACCGCUGCUCAGCAUGCCGCUGCCACUUUGCCGCCCAUGGGCGUGGUCGGCGCUGGAGCCGGCAACUACUGCCAGAAUCUGUACACCGCGCCGCCGCUCUCCUCCAAGUACGAUCAGCAGCAGCAGCAGCAGGAGCCGCUCUACGGCGGCACUCGCUCGCUCUACUGCCGCUCGCCCACGCUGACGCGCAGCAACUUGAAUCGCUCGCAGUCGGUGUACGCGAAGAGCAACACGGCCAUCAAUCGUGACAUUGUGCCGCGUCCCGGACCACUGGUGCCAGCGCAGAGUCUCUAUCCCAUGCGCACUCAACAGCAGCAGCAGCAGCAGCAACAGCAGCAACAUCACCAGCAGGCCGUCUCGACAACCCAAUCGUCGCAUCUGCAGAAUCAGAACGUGCAGAAUCAGAUGCAGCAGCGCACCGAGAGUAUCUAUGCCAUGCGCGGCUCCAUGCGCGGACAGCAGCAACCAUUGCAGCAGCAGCAACAGCAGCAGCAGCAGCAACAGGCGCCAGUUGGCAUGCAGCAGCAAUUGCAGCCACCGCAGCAGCACAUGUCGGACCCACAGGCGCAACCACAGGGCUUCCAGCCGGUCUACGGAUCACGCAACAAUCCCACACCCCUGGACGGCAAUCACAAGUUUGAACGUCGGGAUCAACAGCAGCAGCAGCAGCAGCAACUCUAUGGCAUGACCGGUCCGCGCAAUCGCGGCCAGUCGGCGCAGUCCGAUGACAGCUCGUAUGGCUCGUAUCAUGGCUCGGCAGUCACGCCGCCAGCGCGUCAUCCCAGCGUGGAGCCCUCGCCGCCGCCCCCGCCCAUGCUGAUGUACGCCCCACCGCCGCAGCCCAAUGCGGCGCAUCCACAGCCCAUACGAACGCAGUCGGAGCGCAAGGUGAGCGCACCCGUCGUUGUCUCCCAGUCGUCUGCCUGUGCUGUCACCUAUACCACAUCCCAGAUGCCCCCAACGAUCACGACCACAACAGCACAACAACAGCAACAGCAGCAACAGCAGCAGCAGCAGCAGCAACAAAUGAUGAUGCAACAGCAGCAGCAGCAGCAGCAACAGCAGCAGCAGCAAGCACAUCAGCAACAUUAUGGCAUGUUGCCGUUGCGACCGAACUGAAAGCGGCUAUCGUGGGGCCCCGUUACGACGCCGCCGCCAACGAUACACGCCGCCCUCGCAAUUCAUCCCACGGGCACCAUGACCCUGCACAGCUGCAGCCUGGCCAAGCAGAGCAGCUUGUUUUAGCUCCCAGAGAAGAGUAAAUCGGGCAUCCAAAGGAAAUGUACGCAAAGUCCUAGAAUUUAGUU